GGAGUGCAAGUGAGAAGAGCAACCUUGACCCGAUCAUCUGACGGCAUAUGGCUCCUCCUCGCCUCCCCUCCUCUCUCUCUCUCUCUCUCUCUCUUGUUCCACGCGUGUCUGUGCACCAGAGGCAGCGGUUCUCCUCUUGUGAUGAAACAACACCUCCAUUGCUCCUCCGCGUCUGUUUUUUAAAUCAAUCAGUGAUGCGAGGAGGUGAGCGGGAGGAGUAACGGAACGUUUUAUUUCAUUGUGUGUUUGGCUGUGAUUUUUUUGUUUUUACGCGGUGGACCUGCUGUGCGCAAAAAAAAUCUUUUUUUUCCACGUUUCGGCAUCAUUUUUAUCCACCCCACGAUGAGUGGAUCCUGAUAGAGAGAAGAAGCCAAGAGGUGCGCUGACAUCCUCAACGAGACAUUGGAAGUGGAUGGUGGGAUUACUUUGAGACCUGCCAGAGGUAUGCUUGCCAGAAAAAACAAGAUAAAGUAACACAGUGCCAAUACAGAUGUGCUGUGGACUGCCUGUGAUUUGGUCUCCUGUUAAAAUCCCGUGGCAGACAAAACCUGCACUUUCAACCGAGCCCAGAGAGACAGCUCUGGUUUACGGCUAAAUCACAAGCUCCUGUUCUUGGCUCCAUCGUUAUUCUUCAGCAUCCUGUCAAUCACCAUGGCCUGCUUCCUGGCAUCUGCCUUUCUUCUGGUCCUCCACACGUACGCUGGCGUUUCUUUGAACAGCAUGGAUCUCACCAACAGUGAACACGUGGCGUCUUCUCCCCCGCCGGGCACUAGCAAAAGAUGCCCACAUAGCAUAAUAAUCGGCGUACGCAAAGGCGGCACCAGAGCCCUCCUGGAAAUGCUGGACAUUCACCCCGAGGUUGCUGCUGCUGCAACCGAGGUGCAUUUCUUUGACUGGGAUGAGAACUACUCCAAAGGCUUGGAGUGGUACCGUGAGCUGAUGCCCUACUCGUACCCUUACCAAAUCACCGUGGAAAAAACCCCAGGGUACUUCACAUCAGCGCUCGCACCAGAACGCAUAAGCGCCAUGAACUCCUCCAUGAAGCUGCUGCUGAUCUUACGCGACCCGGCCGAGCGGGUCAUCUCCGACUACACCCAGGUGUACUUCAAUCGACUGGAGAACCACAAGCCGGUGCAAGCCAUCGAGAACCUUCUGGUGCGCAACGGAGCCCUAAAUAUCCGCUACAAGGCCAUCCAGAGGAGCCUCUACGACGUUCACAUUCGGAACUGGCUGCGUCACUUCCCCUUGGAACAGAUUCAUAUCGUGGACGGGGACUUGCUCAUCCACGAUCCCUUGCCGGAGCUUCAAAAAGUGGAGCGUUUCCUCAACUUGCCACCCAGGAUAGUUUCCUCCAACUUCUACUUCAACCACACCAAAGGCUUUUACUGUAUUCGAAGCGACGGUCGAGAGCGGUGUCUGCACGAGUCGAAGGGACGUCCCCAUCCCGCGGUCAACGGUACUGUCCUCCAACAACUCCGUUCUUACCUCCAGGAGCAUAACAGAACCUUCUUUAGGCUGGUGAAGCGUACCUUCAACUGGCAGUAGGAGAGUCAAAGCGAGGAACAAAGCACUUUACGCAAAUGACGUUUAAAGGGUCUGGCUGAAGGUUCUAGUCCAGGACUGAUCCCGAACUGCGUUUACACAAUACGGCAGAGUAACAUCUUCAAGUUGCUGGAAGCACAUAAUAUGUUUCAUGAACUGGUGAACUGCUUUUUUUCCUUCUCCGUCUUGUUUGAUAUUCUUGUUCUUGAUAAUAAAUUGUUCUUCUCAA